UAAAAUACUUAAUAGUUAAUAUAUAAUAUUGCCUUACUGGUAUUGGUAUAUAUAUUUUUUUAGUUUUCAAACUUUGAGAUGUAAUAAUAAUAUAAUAAUAUUGUUGGCUGGUGCAUAUAUUAUGUUCUUGGUUCCUUGAACCUUCCCGGACAAAGUGUUCUUAAUUUAGUGGUAUUGGAACUAAUUUUGAGUUGUGAAACAUAAUAUUGUAAAUAGUUUCAUCCCUAAUUAUUAGUUGUUCUAUAUAUGGUCUUAUUAUCUUGAAACUCUCUUAUAGAUGAUUUCUAAAACUGCUACAUGGUUAUAACACCCAUGAGCCGAAUUUUCAAUUGACUAUGAUUACUCAAUAUGGAAACAGAUCAUGAAAGACUUAACAGUACAGAUAAAUCUUCCAAGUUAAAGUGUUUGUCACCAUGUUCAAAGAAAAGUGGACGCAAGACAAGUUAUUGCAAGCGGCCCGGGUUAGUUUACAAGAAUCUUAUAAAAAAUCAAAAUGUUAUCCAAACCAGUCACUAUUUUGAAUCGACAUGUGGAAGUCAAUGGAUUCCUCCUAGAUCUCCUUAUGCUCUUAUACAGGAAGACUUGUUUCAUAAUCCAUGGCAACUGUUGAUUGCUACUAUAUUUUUAACCAAAGUAACUGCAAAACUUGCUAUUCCGAAAAUUCACACAUUUCUACAGAGAUGGCCAACACCAGAAGAUGUGACUAAAGCAGAUCCUCAAGAUUUACUUUGUUCAGUAGAGAAUUUGGGAUUAGAAAAUACGCGUGUAAAAACUAUUAAAAGAUUUACAGAGGAUUUCUUAAUCAAAAAUUGGAAGUACCCGAUAGAGUUGUAUGGAAUUGGCAAGUAUGGUAAUGAUUCAUACAGACUCUUUUGUGUUAAUGAAUGGAGAAAAGUGCAACCCGAUGAUAUACUGUUAUCAAAAUAUAAAGACUGGCUAACGUUGAAUGAGAAACAACUUGGAAUUUAAGAUUCCUGUUAUUUUACAAUUUAAUUUUACUAUUGCUACUGUGUACAUUGAAAUUUAAAUGUCUUGAUUUUAAAUUUGUAAUAAUCACUGAAUACCUUUACAAUUCUACAUAGUUUUUAUAUUUUACAUGUUUUUUGUGUUAUAGUUUUGUUUAUCUAUAUUUUGGUUCUGUGUUAAAAUGUAAUCUUUAUAACAGAAUUUAUGUGGUCAAUGUCUCCUACACACCUACAUAGUUUAUAAUUUUAUAUAUCUAGUUUGAGGUUUAAAGUAAAAACUCUUAAUAGACUUUAUUCAGAUUUGUUUUUUGUAUCUAUAUGUUAAUUUAUUGAUCAUUGAAUUUAAAUUUAAUACAUCCAUUAAUCAUUAUACAAUUACUCAAUAUAAUACUCGUAGUUUUACUCGAUGAUGAGGUGUAUUGUGUAUACAAUACCUACUAUGCAGUACUCAGCUGAAAUUACCAUAGUAUAGGCUAUUCCAGCAAGGAAGGAGGCAAGAGUGGUGCUGCUCCACAAAAACAACAAACCGGAGAGUGAGCCGUCGUCUUACCGCCCACUCUACCUCCUGAACGACAUUGGAAAAAUUUUCGAAUUCCUACUAGUCACAAGACUAAGUGCGCACAUUACGAGCAGAGGCGGACUGGCCACUAACCAGUUCAGCUUUUGCAAGGGCCGUUCCACCGACGACGCUGUUAGAGAGCUACAAGAAAAAGUUGUAGGAUCCAUGAACGUAGGGUUCGGAGUUGCUGCAGCAUUGGACAUCAAAAACGCCUUCAACUCGAUUGAGUGGAAACACAUCCUGAGAGCGCUGAAAUUGUUGGAAGUCCCAGGAUACCUUAUGCGUACAUGCAGGUCCUAAUUUUACGGACACAAGGCCUUCAUCGAGACCCCACAGGAUCCUUCGGGGUUGUUGGAAGUUCCUAUCAGUGGAGGUGUUUGUCAGGGAUCCGUCAUCGGGCCACUUUUAUGGAACAUAACAUAUGAAUAUAUGAUAACGUGCUGAGAACAGCUCUCGCGUCAGGCGUGGAGGUCAUUGGUUUCGCCGACGAUACCCUCGUGUUCUCCCAGGGCAAAACAUAAGCCAUGCUAUUUACGCGAAAGUACAAGUACGACCGCUCAAACCUGAUCACCGACAAUGUGCCAAUCUCCAUCAGAGACGAAAUAAAAUACCUUGGUGUGACGGUCGAUAAGUCAUGCCUAUUCAAGGCACACUUGAAAAAUGCGGCGGGAAAGGCAGAGAGGAUAUGUGCCCAGCUGUGUAGGAUUAUGUCUAAUGUCGGUGGUCCGCGGGAGAGCAGAUGACGCCUCUUAGCAUCAGUUAUACACUCCGUGCUGUUGUACGGUGCACCUUCGUGGGCAGAUACAUUAGAAGUAGUGCCGGAGAACGUCCGUCAGCUGAACAAAACUCAAAGAAAGGUGCUCUUACGCAGUAUCUGCGGUUACAGAACUGUGUCGGAGG